GAGGGCCGACUACAUAGGCUUUCAACCGUGCCAUCUCAACUUGCGAAAAUACUUAAUACUUCCGGACCUGUCUGUGUAUAACGAGAAGUGCCUUCGGCCUGAGAGCAAGUCCAGAGCCCUUUCGCUCGUUCGCCUGUUCAGCUUCACUCAGCCGCCGCAGCAGGUCACCAGGCCUGCAUCCUUACUUGCAACGUACCUAAUUAAAUGUCUCGGUAGAGCUUAGGACUACUAUCGCUGGUCAAUACACACAAAAUGCCUAUCACUGCAAGGCCGCCUAUUUCCGCUGCGGCCGGUGCCAGCGGCACGGCUGGCAGCCUUCCUGCCCGUGUUACUGGUCCUGGUCGUCAGAACCAGGGCCACAAUGCCCAGCACGUCCCCGUCGCGCGGGCUCCGACACUGGCGUCCGCGCGCUCUACCACGCGGACUUCGGCGGCGUCGGGUACCACCGUUAUGACUGUGACGGACCGUGUUCGCAAGUCUAUUGAGCGGCGGUCCAUGGACGCUCGUCCGCAGGAGCAGGGUGAGCCUCUGGAGCCUCUGGAGCAGGUGCCCGAGGACCCGCUGGAGCGCCUCACCGCCGACCUGGCCGCGCUGUCCAUGCAGCACGCCGCGGCUGUGGCCGCCGCUGUCGCUAUCACCACCGCCUCCGCCUCAAGCUCGGGCACCUCCUCCUCCGCGCCUGCCCUGCCUGCGGCCUCCUCUGGCCGCAAUGGCCGGCCUCAGGGCCCCAGCGGCCGCUACGGCUCCUCCUCCGCCUCGGGCCCGGCGCCCGUGCACGCCAGCUACAACAACAGCGGCGCGCCGUCCUCAUCUCCGAAUGCGCUGCAGCAGCAGCAGUCUCAGUCUGGCUCCGCGGACAGUCGCCGCUGCGACCUGGGAGACACCGGUCUGCCCGCCCAGCUGCUGGCCCUGCGCGACCCCGCCUGCCCCGUGUCGCUGCCUCCUCCCACCGGCCUGCCCUCGUCCUGCCUGCCGCUGGACAACUGGAAGCUGGACAAGCUGGUGCUGAGCCUGUCCGCCAACAAGGCCACCUGGCGCCGCUCGCUGCUGUUGUUUGAGUGGCUCAAGGCCGCCGGGCACCAGCUGGAUGACCGCCUGUGCACCACGCUGAUCCGCGUGUGCAGCGACCACGGCGACGCUGUGUCGGCCCUGGCGGUUUACGACUGGAUGACGGGCUCCACGGCCAGUGGCGGCGCGGCGCUGGAGGCCACUGCCUACACCUACACCGCGGCCAUGCGCGCCGCGCUGGCGGGCGGCCUCACGGACCGUGCCCUCAGCAUCUGGAACGAGGCCUGGCGCCGCCACAGCGCUGGGCGCCUGCAGCUGGACUGCCGGCUGUGCAUCACCUACCUGGAGCUAUGCACGCGGCUGGGCCUGACGGACCAGGCUCUGGCCAUGUACGCGGCCAUGCGCGCCGCGCCCGCCGGCAGCCGCAUGGCGCCCACCGUGCAUGCCUACACCGCCGCCAUGCGGGCUGCCACCGAGGGCGGCCGCUGGUACCGCGCGCUGGACAUCUGGGCCGACAUGCGCUCCGCAGGCUGCGAGCCCACCGGCCACGCCUACUCGGCUGCCAUCUCGGCCUGCGCCGCCGCAGGCGACUGGCGCCGCGCGGUGGCCCUGUUUGACGAGAUGACCGGCCCCGGUGGCAUCCGCCCCGACGUGGUCAGCUGCACGGCCCUCAUCACGGCGCUGGCGGCUGGCGGCGAGGCGGACCGCGCCGAGGCCGUGGUGGCGUGGAUGCUUAGCAACAGCGUGCGGCCCAACGCGCGCACCUACACGGCGCUGAUGGCGGCACUGGGCAACGCCAAGCGCUGGGCCCGCGCCGUGGAGGUGCUGGGGCGCAUGCAGACCCCCGAGUGGGGCGGCGUGCAGCCCAACGCCUACACGUACUCCGCCUUGCUUAAGAGCCUGGGUGAGCACGGCCAGUGGCAGCUGGCUGAGGCCGUGUUCAGCUCUAUCGAGCGCCAGGUGCUGGGCCCCGCCGCCGGCUCGGCACCGCCCGCCGCCGCCGCCCUGUCUCUGGCUUCAGCGCUGGUGCCUGCCGCCUCGCCGCCGCCCAGCCCCCUGGCGGCCAUGAUUGCGGAGGCCAGCGCCACCGCCGCCGCUGCUGCUGCCGCCGUUGCGUCGGCUGCCGGUUCGGCUGCCGUCGCCGCUGCGAUCCGCCCGCCUGCCUCGCCCUGCGCGUCUGAAUCGUCCUCGUCCGCGCCCUCCCAGUGGACCCGUCCCUCGCAGCUGAACGGACUGUCUCUGGACCUGCACUCCCCCACCUCCACUGGCGGCGCCGUCGAGGCCGGCCCCUCGCGCCGCAGCUUCAGCUUGUUCAGCCACCCGCCUGCGCCUUCGUCCUCCACCGCGACCUCCUGCGCGCCCAGCAGCACCGGCACCAGCGGCCGCUCCUCGUUCAGCGCCGACUCGGCUGUGCCCUCGGACGUCUACUCCGUCGCCAGCACCUCUGCGGCUGAGGCGUGGCGCUCCACUCUGGACCACGCCUCAGCCGCAGCUCUGGCGGGUCAGCUGGCAGCCAUGGCGGCGGCCUCGGGCUGCGGCGCCCCCGGCCCCCUGGCCACUGUGCCUGAGGGUGAGCUGGUCACUUUCCCGUCGAUCGACGCGGAGGAGGCGUCGACCUCGGCCGCCACCACCCUGGCUCCCGGCGUGUACACCCCCGGCGUGCUGCGUGCCGGUGUGGCUCCGCCUCCCCCUCCUCCCCCUCCGCCCAUGUCCUCCUCCGCCCAGCAGCAGCAGCAGCAGCAGUCUGCCUCUACGUCCGGCAACAGCGCCUCCUCGUCCUCCAGCGGCGGUGUGCUGAACGAGGUUGUGUGCGGCGCGCUGAUGCUGGCGUACGAGCGUGCCGGCAAGUGGCAGGAGGCCGUGGCGGUGCUGCUGCGGGCGCUGAACCUGGGCAUCACCCCCAACACCGUUAUGUACAACACCGCUAUCUCGGCGGCGGGUAAGGCCGGCCAGCUGGAGAUUGCGGAGAAGCUGUACGGCAAGGUGCGGCAGCCGGACGCCGUGACGCACGAGACCAUGAUUGCGGCGUACGGCAUGGCUGGCCUGCCCGAGCGCGCCGAGGCUGUGUUCAGCGCGAUGACGUCGGCCGGACUGCGGCCGCGCGACUUCGCCUUCUGCGGCCUCAUCGCCGCUCACAGCCUGGCGGGCAACUGGGAGGGCGCUAUGCGCGUGCGGGCCCGCAUGCGGCGCGCGGGCGUGCAGCCGUCUGUGCAUGUGUACAACGCGCUGCUGGCGGCGUGCGAGCGGGCGGGACAGCCCGACCGCGCGCUGGAGCUGUUGGGCGCCAUGCGCCGUGAGGGCGUGGAGCCCAACACCCUGACUGCCAACCUGCUGCAGCUGGUGGGUCGCCAGGGCGUGCGCAGCGUGGAGAGCCAGCAGCAGCUGGCGGCCAGUGUCAGUGCAGCGCUGGCGGCCUACGGCGCGCUGCUCAUGCAGACCGGUUUGUUCUGAGCGACAAGUCUGCUGGCGCGUAUGAGGCUAACCUGAUAUGGACUGCGGCGUCCACCUGAGAGCUUGGCGGCCUGCUUUGUGUGGGCCUGUGUGCUAAAAGCUAACCUGGGACCAGAGAAGAGAGAUUUCCAUCCGCUGCGCGGUGCUGGGUUGAUGUUAACUCGGGCGCGGGCGAGUUUGCUGUUGCUUGAUUCUUACUAAUGCACUUCCCCGUGUUGGGAAUUCAGUUCUAAACUUAGCGCCAAGACAUUGCAGCGUUCUGCCGCUGUUCGGGAUCCGAAUCAACCGCCCGGAGCCACGGCUUGCUAGGCGGCGAGCAGUUCGUGUGGCUGUGAUGGGGCAAGGUACAUUCAGUUUGGGUGUGCACAGAGGGACUCGAUUGAGUCACGGGGUGGGGCAAAUUACUCCUCCUUCCGUGUUAGGGCAAGGGGAUGCAUGUCAACGCAGUGGUGUGAAAUGACUUGAGUGUAUGUCGACUUGAGCAGAGACAGCUAGUACCGAGUUGAUGUGGAGCCGCCACUGGGCGCGCUCACGAGAGGCACGAGAGCAGAAACUUUGCGUGAUUGAUGGGACCUCCCGGGGAUGCCGGGGCGCCCACCACAAUGAGUGGACGGGGUGUGUUUACGAGAUUCUGUGUCCUGCGCGCGUCAUCCGCCCAAUGCUGCGGCGACCGGUUGCGCAUCGAGACAAACUGAGUAGUGCGUGGGUUUGAUCGGUUAAUGCUUGGUUUUGCUUUGUCAUGGUGACGAUUAUAGAGAACAACACACACAUCAGAUUUAGGGCAAAGGUGAUGCCCGGAUAGUCGUUGUUCUACGACAUAAAAAGACGGAGAAGAGAUAUUCCACAAUUUUUUGGGUUUGCCGUACGCAAAAGAUUUGUUGUCGUAUAAGAGGACAGGACGGUACAUGCGGCCGACCCGCACAACACAGGGUCUGGAGAACAUCAUCAACUGUAACAGUUUUGACGCC